GUCAGUGUCACUUUCAGCAUUUUCCAAGUUUGUUUUCUGAGUUCAGCGGAACUAUAAACAAAAAUAUUUCCAUAACUCAGCAUUAAAAAUUGAACAUUAGAAGGAUGUUUUGCAGUUUAUUUUAACAAAAUAAUUCCUUUUUAUAUAUUUUUUAAGAUUUGAAUUAACAAGAUGAACAAUAUCGCUCCGUUCCCCGAUCCGGAAUCCUUUGGAUUGACAUCACAACAAAAGGAAAUUUUAUUGAAAUAUUUCGGAACUCAUCCUUACUUAAUGUUAGGAAGAUACUCCGAAGUCUUCUCGACAGAAGAUAGUGCUGUCUUAUGGUUCCAACUAUCCCAGAAACUAAACAAUACCAUUCCAGAAAUAACACAAAGAAGCUGGAGACAUUGGCAACAACUUUGGAGUCGAUUCUCUCAAGAACUACCUCGCAAACAGUACUUAACCCAACAUGAGUUCCAUUUGUUGGAAUUACUAAAAAGGGUAAAAAAAUUACCAUUUGACGAUUUAUUCUUAUCAGAUUUAAGUCAGAUUAUGCCAACAAAUAGAUGGCAAGCUAUUUUAAACUGUGAAGAGAAACUUAAAAAGGCUGAACACAAAAGUAGUGAGGAUCUCAAUAAAGUUGAUGAUAAAGAGACCGGGCUACACUCCCCAACAGUUGAAGCUACUAAAUUACCUACAUUGAGAUGUCUUGAGAGUAGUGAAAUUAAUGUUAAUCAGUCAAAUGAAAUGAUAGAGAUGUCUGAAAAGAGUGAGACCGUACAAAAUAUUCCAAAGUCAAAGCCAAAAAGUGAUAAUGCCAAAGUAGAAAUCUUGUCAGAUGAAAAGAAGAAUGCUAAAAGAUAUAUAUCAGAAGAAGAUCCAAAUGCAUUAACUGAAGCUAAUCUUUUCCCAAAUGAUUUCACUGAGAGUGAUAGCACAGAUGUAGAAACAAACAUGGUAGAUCGCAAGCCGGAGAUUGAAGAACAAAUGGCCACUUUAACAACCAUUACUCAAAGUUCAGUAAGCAACUCGAGAUUAUCUUUCGGAUCUGCGGCAACUUCUAGCCAAGGGCAAGCAAAAAGUGAGCCUGACAAUACACACCACAAGGCCAGAAUUUCAAACAUAGAAAAAGCCUUGAUAAAGAAGUUCAUUAAAAGUGAUGUCAUCAAAAUGAAAUACUUGAAGAGAAAACUUAAGAUGGAAAAUGAGUAUCACAAAAGAAAAUUAACCUUGAUGAGAGAUUUAUUAUUCCUUAAAAAGCGAAAAGUCAAGGUUGAGGAAAGGCAAGCUACUGCGCUCAUGAGGAUCUCUAGAUAUUUACAUCGGUUAAUGCAAAACCCUCGAUUAAGACCUGAAAUACUAUGAAGAUAACUUGUAUAAGAUUUACUAUUAAUACUAUUUGUUUGUAUAAUAAGUUAGAGUUUAAUUUAAAUGAAUUUAUUGAUAUUAUUAGUAGGGAAAUAAGUCUGUUUUGUUUACUCCAAUUUAUGUUUAUUAAUAAUAGAUAACCAAUAACACA